CACCACAGAACAUAUAUAUAGUCUUGUUAAUAUUACCUCACAUAACAUAAAUAGUGCAUUUAUAAGAUACACCAUAUGCUAUUCCAUUAUGUCAAUUAUUGUUUCACUUCCAAUGGACACUGCUAAGGUUCAACAUGUAACCAAAAAAUCUUCUGAUGAGCUUCUGAAGAAGUUUGCAGAAGUGGGUUGUGACGAGGGUAGAAAAAGGAGAAGGAAGAAGAGGAAGGAACAUGAUUUAUAUGACUUUGACAGCCCUUCAACAGGUGGCACAGCUGUCGAAAGGAGGUCUCUUCUGCUGCCCAGGUUGACACGGAGGUCGGUGGUGCUCCGGCAGCUCAGGAUCAGAAACAAGUCAUCACUCUUUGGAAACAUUCAUAAGACAUGGCGUAGAACCAUUGAAGGUGCAUCCAGAAUUUUCUUGGAAGAGCAUUAUCAUCGUCAUAAGCGUUUGAUCAAUGACAGUGUUUAGGCUCUGUU